ACGUUGGAGUCCUCUAUAUAUUGCACAGCAACAUUUUCAGUGGCCUCUUUUCCACUUUGUAGAACAUCGUAGCGAGUGAAAAUGACUACUCCAGCUAGCAACGGGCUCAAUGGAAGUCAUUACCAAGAACUUAAUCACCAUUAUGCAGAAGAAUGCAGUCAAGAUGACAUAGGCACCUUCUUGUUUACGUCAGAGUCAGUGGGAGAGGGCCAUCCAGACAAAAUCUGUGAUCAAGUGAGUGAUGCCGUUUUGGACGCACAUCUAAAGCAGGACCCUAAUGCCAAAGUGGCCUGUGAGUCCGUUUCCAAGACAGGAAUGAUCCUGGUCUGUGGAGAAAUCACUUCUAAGGCAGUAGUGGACUACCAAGAUGUCAUCCGCAGCACCAUCAAACAAAUUGGAUACGACGACUCCAGUAAAGGGUUUGACUACAAGACCUGCAAUGUUUUAAUUGCCCUGGAACAGCAGAGCCCUGAUAUUGCCCAGGGCGUGCAUGUGGACAGGGAUGAUGACAACAUUGGAGCAGGUGACCAGGGUCUUAUGUUUGGAUACGCUACAGACGAGACUGAGGAAUGCAUGCCUUUGACAGUCGUCCUUUCACAUCAACUUAAUGCCAGAAUCGCACAGCUGAGGCGAUCAGGAGAUCUGAAUUGGGCCAGACCCGAUACCAAAACGCAGGUGACCGUAGAGUACAAGUAUGAUAAGGGAGCUUGCGUACCACUGCGUGUUCAUUCUGUCGUGAUCUCGGCUCAACAUGAUGAAACUGUGACUUUAGAAAAAUUGAGGAAGGAAUUAAUGGAGAAGGUUGUGAACUUUGUGAUUCCACAAAAAUAUUUGGACAGUCAGACAAGAUAUCACAUUCAACCAUCCGGAAAAUUCAUCAUUGGAGGACCACAGGGCGAUGCUGGUUUAACGGGUAGGAAGAUCAUCGUUGAUACCUACGGCGGUUGGGGUGCUCAUGGAGGUGGUGCCUUCUCUGGAAAAGAUUUCUCCAAAGUUGACCGAUCUGCUGCAUAUGCUUCCAGAUGGGUAGCCAAGUCCCUAGUCAAAGCCGGUCUGUGCAAACGUGUACUUGUUCAGGUGUCCUAUGCCAUCGGUAUUCCUGAACCAAUUUCCAUCACCGUGUUCAGUUAUGGUACAUCUAAAUAUUCAGAGAAACAACUUCUAGAUGUGAUCAACAAAAACUUUGACUUGAGACCUGGAAAAAUUGUCAAAGAGCUGAACUUGAGAGCUCCAAUCUACCAGAAGACAGCCUGUUACGGACAUUUUGGCCGCCCAGACUUCCCAUGGGAAGUGCCAAAGAAGCUUAUCAUCUAAGCUCUCUGGAGAAGUCCCAGCUACAUGUAUUACAAUUGUCAUGUCUGUAUAUAUGAACAUUCAAUCAUUUGUGAUUCAGAAAGGGAGACCACAGUAGUUAAAAGACUAGUCUAACCUGCCUGGGAAUGGGGCUCUGACACAAAUGACCGACAUCAGCAUGUAACCAUUAGAGAUUGUCGUUAUUUGUGCCAGAUUUAGGGGGGGACAGAGUUUCCAAGAUCAGCUCAGAUUCCGUCUUUUAAUUAUUGCAAAUGUGUGAUUUUCUUGCUGUCUUUUUAUAUGCACACAUUUGUCUUGUGUUUAUGAAAAUUCAUUGGAAAAGAGCACUCUUUAUAAACACUCGGGUAUCCCAUAAUCAUUAUUUAUAUCGGCCUGUAUUGUUAUGUAUUUAAAGAAAACUGCAAUUUUUAUUAUUAUUGUAGAAUUGUAAUGAAUUGUUACGAGUUUUUGCAAUGAGAUGUUUUAUGUCUUGACUUUUAUCAUUAAGAUUGUUUUAUUUUCCUAUGUUUUACUAUACAGUUCAUUAACCAUGUACAGCAUACUGUAUCUGUAUACUGGUAUUGUAACAACUUGCAAUAUACCACUAGAAAUCUGAAAUGUGAGUCAAAUUCUAUCUUGUAACUAUGACAAUACAUAUAUUGUAUUUUAGACAAAUCAACUGCAUUCCAGUUCACUAUCUUAAUAUGACUGUACCAUCAGGUUUACAAUAUUGAUACAAAAUUUAUGGUCAAUUGGUCAUACCUACAAAUGUAUGUGGGAACAAUAAAAUAUGUCGGAAAUAA